GUCAUCUAUUUUGGGUGUGACACAGUACAUAUUUCAUAGCAGGGCUGAAUCCUCUGGAACUAUCUUCUUCUUCUUCUUCUUCAUCACCACCAUGACCAUGCCAGGAGGUACAGGAAUGUUGUCCAAAGGAUGUCAGAAGAGAUUGCUCCUCAUCUUCAGUGUUUCUCUGUGGUCCAUAGUGACUGAGGCCAUCCAUCCGGACUGCGCCAUCAUUGCUCAGCACCUGAGGGCCCGCCAGGCCUGCGGCUUGGCGAGGUGGAGGGAAGUUCACAACCAGACCGAGCUCAGAGGCUGUAAAACGGAAUGGGACAACGUUGGAUGCUGGAGGACAGCCGACGUGGGUCAGGUGGCCAACGUGUCGUGCUCUGACGUCUUCCAGCAUUUCUCCAGCAGCCAAGGGUUUGUUUACAGGAACUGCACUGCAGACGGCUGGUCAGACAUGUAUCCGCCCUACGAGGAGGUCUGUGUUUUCAGUGACGACGGCGAGCCGGAAUCGGAGACCAAAUAUCUCUACACCUUCAGACAAGUCUACACUGUCGGCUACGCCACCUCGCUCAUCUCCCUCAUCACGGCCGUUGUGGUGUUCACAGCAUUCAGAAAGUUCCGCUGCACCAGGAACUACAUCCACAUCAACUUGUUCUCCUCCUUCAUCCUGAGAGCCAGCGCUGUUUUCAUUAAAGACACCGUGCUGUUUGCUGACCAGACGCUGGACCACUGCUCCAUGUCCACCACGGCGUGCAAGUCCGCUGUGGCCUUCUUCCAGUUUAGCAUCCUGGCCAAUUACUUCUGGCUGCUGGUGGAGGGCAUGUAUCUGCAGACCCUCCUGGCUCUGACCUUCGUCUCCCAGAGGAAAUACUUCUGGUGGUACAUCCUGAUUGGAUGGGGGCUCCCGUCUGCCAUUCUCAUACUUUGGAUCCUGACCAGAUUCUUCUUUGACAACAGAGGCUGCUGGGAUGACACGGACAACGUUGGCAUCUGGUGGAUCAUCAAAGGGCCAAUAACUGCUUCACUGCUGGUCAACAUCGUCAUCUUCGUCAACGUGAUCCGCAUUCUGGUCCAGAAGCUCAGAUCUUCAACCAUGUCUGGCAACAACGACAGUGGACAUUUUGUAAGGCUGGCUAAAUCCACGCUCUUCCUCAUCCCUUUGUUUGGAAUGCAUUACACGGUUUUCGCCUUCCUGCCUGAAACCACGGGAGUGGCAGCAAGACUCUACAUCGAGCUGGGCCUAGGAUCCUUUCAGGGUUUUGUGGUGGCUCUGCUUUACUGCUUCAUGAAUGGAGAGGUCCAAACAGAGCUGCGGAGAUGGCUGUGGAAGUGUCACAACCAGAGCCAUCGCACCCCCGCCAAGCGAAGCAUGGCUCAGAUCACGGUUCGAUGCCACGGGGGCCUGCGGAGGCCUCCUUCCACUGGCAACGUGUCGUCGGUAUGAGGCCAAUGUUCUUUACCAACACUGAAUGGACAAUAUUGAACAGCUGCUACAAGGAAAGCCACAGGAGUGUAUAUUGCAUGUAUUGGACAUGACUGCUGGAAGGUGGCGCUGUGGAGUCGAGUAUUAUUUAUCACAGCGGUGUCUCAUUCCCAUUUUGACCCGCGGGAUGACAGUAUAAUCCAAUAAACAACCUUCCCUUGCAGGGGGUUUGCACUGGAUCUCCAGGGGUAUGUCAGGUAGCAAUUUGUUGCCAUCUUGCGAGUAUUCCAAGAAGUUCAGGUCAGUGACCAUGAUGUGUACUAUCUUCACUUCUACACAUUUCCUAGUCAUGGUGCAGGAAAACAAAAAAAAAGAACCAACACAAAAAGUCAACACACAAGGUCACACAUAAUACAACCCGCUCACUGAACUUUGUGGAUAUUACAUGAAAAAUGAUCCAUUAUCAUAAAAAAAAAAGAAAAAAAAAAAAAAGGUAAUUGCACCCAUUUAAAUCCAUUGCAAAGCAUGAUGGGAAAAUGCAGAACAUUCUCUCCACACUUAUCUUCUAACUGCGGGCAGCAUGGUGGCACAGGGGUUAGUGCCUUCCUCCCACCUCCAAAGACAUGCACCUGGGGAUAGGCCCCUCCCACCUCCAAAGACAUGCACCUGGGGAUAGACUCCUCCCACCUCCAAAGAUAUGCACCUGGCGAUAGGCCCCUCCCACCUCCAAAGCCAUGCACCUGGGGAUAGACUCCUCCCACCUCACCUCCAAAGAUAUGCACCUGGGGAUAGGCCCCUCCCACCUCCAAAGCCAUGCACCUGGGGAUAGACUCCUCCCACCUCACCUCCAAAGAUAUGCACCUGGGGAUAGGCCCCUCCCACCUCCAAAGCCAUGCACCUGGGGAUAGGUUGAUUGGCAACACUAAAUGGUCCCUAGUGUGUGAAUGUUGUCUAUCUGUGUUGGCCCUGUGAUGGGGUGGCGACUUGUCCAGGGUGUACCCCGCCUUCCGCCCGAAUGCAGCUGGGAUAGGCUCCAGCACCCCCCCGCCACCCCGAAAGGGACAAGCGGUAGAAAAU